AUGGCGAAGCUAGCCACUUACACACUCGUUGCCGCUCUCCUGGCGCCACGCCUCACAUCCGCCCUCCAAGUAACACCAAACUCACCAUGCGCUUCGGCCUGCGCGAGGUCGCCCACACAAAACCCAGCAGACUCCGAGGCCUCCUACACCCAGAACUCGGACAUCGUCUGCAGCGAUGCCGACUACGCCAGGCCGGCCGGGGUCAAGUUCCAGGAGUGCAUGACCUGUCUGCAGACGAGCACCUAUUCCCAGGGGGAUGAGAGCGAUGUCAUGUGGUUUCUCUACAACAUGAGGUACACGGCUGCCUACUGCAUCUUUGGCUACCCCAACGCCACCGAUGUCGACCAGACCCCAUGCAUGACCAGCACAGCUUGCGGGCAUCUUCAAGCUGCUGUCGAGCAUGGUGUGCCGGAUCCCAAGGGCACCACUGCUUACUCGUAUUGCAUGGCCGGGAAAGGCGAAGCAGCGAACACUGCUAGUUAUGACGGCUGCAUUCCUUGCAUCUCUGCCGAGAGAACGACCAACUACCUGGCUAAUUACUUCGUGGCCCUAGAAGCUGGCUGCCAGCAACAACCCGCCCCUGGUGUACUCCUAGGUCUGAACGCCACCGUCUUCUCCAAGACGACGAUCGGCAUCGUGGACCCCGCGACAAUCGGCCAAGACGACGAGCAACAAGGUCUUGGGACCGCGGCCAUCGCCGGCGUGGUAGUGGCUGUCGUCGUCCUGCUACUUAUCAUCACCGCCACGACCACCAUCUGCCUACGCAAGCGCCGCAACCGCAUCCUCCGCGCCGGCGCCCACGCCAGCUUCUUCUCCCGCUUCAGCCACGUCGCCCACCACCGCCGCUCGUCCAUGGCCUCCUUCCAAUGCCAAACCCACAUGGUCUCCCCGCGUUUUUGGCCCGGCGCCCACGACGGUUCCACUCCGGUCGACGACGAUAAUUACUACCACUACCUUUACCAGCAACAACAACUGCAGCAACAACAACAACAACUCACCCCCGACUACACCACCACCCCAGACCGCUCCUCCAUCUGGAAACCCCCCUACGAACACCCCGACGACAUCGCCGCGACCGCAACAGAGACCCACACACCACCACCACCAGAAACCACAAUCGACGACUUCUCCUCUCAAAAACCCGCACCCUUACACAUCACCACCACCGUCCCGCCCACCUUCCCACCUCAAGCCCAUCACAACCAGUACUCCUCUCCAUCCACUACCGCCACAGCCGCCGCAGACCCGAUACCCGCUACACCAGUAGUACACUACGCACACUCCCCCGCUGACUUUCGCUCGCCGAUGUCUGCUGAGUCUGUCCGGAGUACUGCGGCUUUGCUGCCUGCGGGUUACCAGCACGGAUAUGGACAUGCCCACCAGACGGGCGGCGGGUGGCCGUUAUCACCUGACGAGGAACAGCAGCAGCAGCAGAUGGCAUCCCAUACACCCACUACUACCAUUACUACUCCGGUAGAACAGCCAACCCGCAAACCAGGCGAGCGACACAUCAUCAAACUCAACGGGCCGGGUAUCACCACCACGUCCACCACAUCCUCGGCUAACAACAGCGGAGUGACUGUUUCCUUCCCCCCGCCGCCUACAGCUGCUGUAUCAUCGCGGAAGGCGUCACGGGGGAAUGGUGGGGGGUUGUUGUCGUUGGUGAGUGGUACAAGGUUUGGUGGGGGAAAUAAUAAUAAUAAUCAUAAUAACAAUGGUGGUGGAAGUGGGACGGGGAGUCCGGUAGAGAGUUGGGAGAUUCAGACUGCGUUUGCUGCGCCGCCUAGGAGGUGA